AUGCCUUAUUUCUCUUCCCGUUUUGCCGCUCCUUAUCCAUUCAUUCAUGGGAGACAUUCGCCGGCACCACCGGACCUGCCUCUCGAGCGGCACACCACCAAGCACUUCCCAUCCUGGCUCAUGCCAACGCUCAAGCGCGCAUGCGACCUUGCCGCGCCGCGCUUUGGCGCACUGCUCGACGAGCUCCACCCGGCGGACCUCCUCCUCUUCGACUUCGAUCCGUUGAGGCCGCAGCCCACGGAGUGCCAGCGCACCUGCAGCGCCGCCGCUACCUCCUUCUUCGUCCACUGCCUCGACAGCGCCCGCGCCGACCGGGCGUUCCCGUUCCAGGGCAUCGGGCUCGGCAGCGCUGGGGAGGAGGCCAAGUACACGUCCCUGUUCACCGUCAUGGAGCACCCCGACGCCCUGGACCCCGAGCGCAACCGCCUGCUGCUCAGCCUCACACGCUCCCCAAGCUUCGUAGCCAUCAAGACGUGCGCUGACAUCGAGCAACCCUACAUGCGCUACCUCUCCGAGCUCCUAGGCGGCAAGGAGAUCGUCCCCAUUGGCCUGCUGCUUGUGGACGUCUCGGACGCCAGCGAAUGUCUCCCAUAA